UCUGAUGACCAUCACAGCUGUUAACAACAUUAAAUUCGUGCCGGGAACAUAUAUUUGCAUUAUAUGAUUUCAAUUUUGUUUGAGUUAGAUUAUAAGAUAAAAUGUUGAAGAACAUCCGCCAAUUAAGUACAAAGCAAAUGCUGCAAGGCUAUGAAAUUAGUUUCUGUGACAGCAGUUCAACAGCUAAAUUUAGCACGCAACCUGUCUACCAAAAUAUUUUCGAUAGAAAUGCAAAACGUUUGCAGAAGGAACGUGCGGCGCGGAACGCGAAUGUGGAGCUUUAUGACUAUUUGAAGGAGGAGGUGGGCUUCCGUUUGGCCGAUCGCAUUAUCGACAUAAAGCGCGAAUUCACAAAUGCCGCAGACAUUGGUUGCAGUCGCGGUUUCCUCUCGAAGCAUAUCAUGGCGGAAAGUGUGCAGCACUUAACGCUGUGCGAUACAAGCCCCACUAUGCUGGAGCAAGCACAGGGUACGCCAGGUCUGAAAAUGACCAAGCUCGAGGUGGAUGAGGAGAAAUUAGAUUUUCCUGAAAACUCGCUGGAUUUAGUCAUAUCCAGUUUGAGUUUGCAUUGGGUUAACGACUUGCCAGGCUGUUUUUCAAAAAUUAUACGUAGCUUACAACCGGAUGGAGUGUUCAUAGCAUCACUGUUCGGCGGUGAUACGUUAUAUGAACUACGCUCAUCGCUGCAAUUGGCCGAAAUCGAACGCAAAGGUGGACUGGCGCCGCAUAUUUCGCCCUUUACGCAGAUAAGGGACGUAGGCGCUUUAUUGAAUCGCGCCGGUUUCACUAUGCUAACCAUUGAUACUGAUGAAAUUGUCGUCGGGUUUCCAAGCAUGUUUGAGCUUAUGUGGGAUUUAAAGGGUAUGGCUGAAAACAAUGCAGCAUUCAAUAGACCAGUGCAUAUAAGUCGCGAAACUUUGCUAGCAGCAAGCGCUAUUUAUAAGGAGUUAUAUGCUAAGGAUGACGGAGUUACGGCCACCUUUCAAAUAAUAUAUUUUGUCGGCUGGAAGCCAAGCCCUAAUCAGCCCAAACCUUUGGAGAGAGGUACCGGCGAAGUCUCAUUAAAAGAUUUGGGCAAGAUUAUCGAGUCAGGCAGACCAAAAAAAGCGUCAUAAACGAAGUGCGUUGUGUAUGAUUCCGAAUAUGCUGGCUUCAAUGUGACUGUUAAGUUAUAGGUACUUUAAAGAAAAGUUGUUAAUUUUUGUAUUAUAGCAAAUGACGCUUUGGAAAUAAUAUAUUUUAAAUGUAUUUGAACUAAACGCUAUAAUAUAUUUAUGUAUGUAUGUAUAUGCAUACAGAGUGCAGCAGUUUUUGUUAUACAAAAAGGGUUUUUUGUUUUUAUUCUUAAAAUUUGGUAAAAGGUUUUCAAAAAAAAUAAAAUAAACAUUAGCGAGUAUCACUUUGGUUUAAAUUUGUUUAUGUUUUGUUGUAAAUAUGUAUACCAACUGAUUUACGCGAUAAGCAUAAAUUUAGCACACUUACGUUACUGAAGAUAAAUACGUAGUUAAAAUAUAUGUAUUUAAAAAAUAUACGAAAAUCAAAUCUAAAAGAAGUGUUCGCACUUGCGUUCUGCUACUUCGUGCAGUGCAUCAGAAAAAUAUGAAUUUGAAAAGAAAUUAUGGUUUAGCAUACUUAAAUAUUUUUGAUGCGUUACUACUAAUAUUUGCUUUUUACACAUUGUUUUUUUUCUCAUUUUUUAUUAAAUAUUUUUUGCGUUUCAUAAAUGGACGUUAUACAUUAACGUUUUUGUUAAUAAUUAGUGUCACUUGCAGCGCGUUAUUUGCUUUUAUUUAUUUUUUUAUUAAUAAUUUACAUAUAGCAUAUUUUUGUUUUUAACUGUAAACUGUAAAUGUUUUAAACUCGCAUAACAUCGUUAAUUUUUAUUUUUAAUUGCAUUUCGUAAUUAAUUUCUUGUUAUUUUCAAAUGCAAGACACAUCGUAAACAUUUCGUGUUUUGCAAUUUUCAUAAUGAACUGUCCAUGUUUUGCUACGCAUUUAAAUUUAUGAUCCAGUAGGAAAUUUUGUAAUUAUUACAAACUUUUAACUUGUCUAUAUGGAUAAUCAACAUUUUGUUUUUCUAUUCGUUAUUGACAUUCUUUUUACAUAAAAAAAAAAAUAUGUAAAAAAACUUUAG